AUGAAGUUCACUAUCGCUAUUAUUGCCACCUUUGCUGGACUCGCUCUUGCAGCUCCGCAGAAUCAAGAUAAGAUCGACCUUCAGAAUUGCGACGACGCAGCGGACGCAGUACUCGAGGCAUGCAACUCUGCAGGAGGUGCCAACUGCUUGGAAGAGUCCACGAAAGAAAAGUUGAACUGCCAAGCCAAGCAGGUCCAAUCUGAUGGAGAUGCUCUAGUCGCAGAGAAGCAAGCUGCUGAGAGAGCGAAGAACAAGGAAAAGGCGGUGGCAGCUAAGAAGGAAAAGGAUGCGGCAGACGCGAAACUUCAGGCUGAGGAGGCAGCGAAAGCUAAGAAUGCUGAGAGGUUCAAGAAACAGCAGGAAGCAGCUAAGCAGAAAGCAGCUAAGCAGAAAGCAGCUCAGCAGAACGCAGCUCAGCAGAACGCAGCUCAGCAGAACGCAGCCUAG